AUUGCCAUCGUCCGCCUCAUGAAUCGCAACCCUGGUAUAUUUAAUGAGUGCGGCAAAGGUAGCAGGUGAUCUAGUCGUUUCGUGGUUUAGGUGGCUAUGUUUGAGCUAGCACCCCAGACUAGGCAUGGAGUGCGACCAUACAGAUUUGGAGGAUGAAUGUUACGUCUAUCCGGCAGUUACAAAGCGCUAUUCCCAAAUAGAGUUGCGAAAUCAAUCUGAACCUACCAGCAUUAACAUCGGGAAAUCUUUACCUAAAGAAAUUGAUUCAGUACAACCCGAUCUUCCUCCUCGUACCGUCACUUACCCAUUGCAACCGUUAUUGAAAACUAGGUUUCACUUAACCUCAGAACUAUCUGAUUGUGCGACAGACCUUCAACAAUCACAAGGUGAUACCACGCAUAAAGGUAAUAUUCAGAGCUCACACAGCUGCGGCGCAGCUAAAACAGAGCGCAACGUGCAGACAGGGCUGCAUUUAUCACCAACAGUUAGCAGUGCUAAUUCUAAUAAUACUACACCAACACCAAGUUUUCCUUUGUUAUCAGUGGAACAUACACAAAUGUCCAAGAGAACAUCAAUUCAACAGCUCAGAAAAUACUCCGUUGUGGAUCCAAAUACAUUAAAAUAUUUUGAUGAUACUUCGGGGAAGUCUGGAAAGUUCGACGUCUGCAGUGCCCUACUUAUAACCAUUUCCUACGUGAUAGUCAUUUUGACUUUUCCACUAUCUUUACUUAUAUGCAUCAAGGUGGUUGCGGAAUACGAGCGGGUGGUGGUUUUUCGCCUCGGACGCAUUCUCCCCCGGGGGGCUCGUGGACCCGGUUUGUUUUUCGUUGCCCCUUGCAUCGACAGCAUCCGAAAAGUUGACCUACGAACGGUCACUUUCGACGUGCCACCCCAAGAGGUUCUGACCAAAGACUCUGUCACGGUUGCUGUGGACGCUGUCGUAUACUACCGGAUUUACAAUCCUGUUGUCGCCAUCACUAAUGUGGAAGACGCCGACCGAUCUACCCGCUUGUUAGCUGCGACCACCCUUCGAAAUGUGCUUGGCACCAAGGAUCUGGCUGAAAUAUUGUCUGAGAGAGAAUCUAUCUCCGCAUCCAUGCAGACUAUGCUUGACGACGCGACCGAUCCCUGGGGAGUCAAGGUGGAAAGAGUGGAGGUCAAGGAUGUCCGCCUUCCUGUCCAACUCCAACGUGCAAUGGCCGCGGAGGCUGAGGCCACGAGGGAGGCUCGGGCCAAGGUCAUUGCAGCAGAGGGAGAAGAAAAAUCCUCAGUCGCACUGAAGCAAGCGGCCGACGUUCUUAAGACUUCUCCAUUUGCCCUACAUUUGCGAUAUUUGCAAACACUAAGUGCCAUAUCAGCGGAAAGAAACUCCACGAUUAUCUUCCCACUACCAAUUGACAUGUUGACGAACCUGAUGCGCCGGUGAUUACAGUGGCUACAGCUCUUCUCUCCAACGACUUACUUCAGGUAUUCAGUCAAGGCCUUCUGUAUUAUCCUUCGCAAAACAGCAGAUUUUGCAUAUACCGUAAGAAGAUCAAGAACGCUGGACGCCCCAAACCAAACCUGUUGCACUUUCCCAUUUUGUCGCACCGAUUAGAAACGAGUUCUUUUUCCACAUAUCGCACAUGACAUCAACCCUGCUCGAACCAGCCCUUGAAAUUUUUUGUGGAUUUGCAGGAUAAACUAUGGGUUGCUGAAUCAAAUCAUAAUAGUUUUCUAUACUACGUAUUCCGCAC